AUGCCUAAAAAAAGACAGCCCUUCAAGACCUUCAAGCCAACCUCGCUGGCCACCCCGGCCUCCAACACCACAAAACCCACGAGGAACGUCAAUGACAUCCUCGCCAAUCUCCGCCGCACGUCAGCCGGCCCAUCGGCGUCCCGCGAGCUGCCAGUGAACACACCCAGUGUACCUCCAGCCAUCCGUGAGAUCCUCCAGAUCCCCGAGACUCCUGCCCCGUCGCCUCGUCGCCCAGUCAGGGCCAGAGUCGACAGCAGCGGACGUAGACUCCCAGCCGGGCCCCCUCCACCCCAGAGCUGGGUGUCGUCCCAAGGCAGUGAUGCAUCAUCCAGUAGACGGGCCGCCCGCCAUCUGAGUGCGAGCUCGCUGGGCCUCGCAACCGCCACUCUUCCUGGUGCAUAUCUACCGCAGAAGGAAAGCCUGAUUUACCUGACUCUAAGGAAGAUCGCACUGGACUGGGAAGUUCAGCGUAUCUACAACCAGUAUCAUAUCUACUACCUUCCUGACCACCUAAAGUCGGCUCUGAUACGUUUCAUUGGCCUGGUGGACAGCCAGGGCGUAUCCCUAGCUGAUUUGAAGCUUAUACUUCUCCCGCCAGUAGAUGCUUAUUGGAGCAGUGGCGAUGAGGACGAUGGUGAUGACGACAACAGCGACAGCAGUGAUCUCAUUGUAAAUCGAGAGGUCACUAGCCUUGAUCUUUCUGGUUCCGUGGGCAAAUCAUUGAAGCUGAAAGAAAUCACAGAACUUUUGUUCCCUCCAUUGCCAGAUAUGAAAUCCGACGAGCCCCAAGAAUCUUGGGAUGAAGCCGAAGUGAGCGCGCCCAGCCCUCCAAGGGGCCUCCUCCCCAACCUGACCCAUCUCUCCCUUGCGGUUGACCGUCAAGGCCGGGACGGGAUAUCGUGGAAGCAGCUUCUCGCGCUAUCCUCCAAAGCUACGACGAUCACUCACCUGAGCCUCGCUCAUUGGCCUGUCCCGUGUUUCACACCCAGGGCUCGCACUUCAACGGUCACCUCGCCACAAGGCCAGCGCAUAGCCUACGGUGGGACAAACCACUACUCGCACACUAUUGACCAUGACUGGAGCGAGGCCCUGCUCAUUCUACGGAUGCUCAGCCGCAACCUCUACGAGCUCGAGUAUCUUGACCUGACGGGAUGUGAGUCGUGGUUCAAGGCGUUAUCAAUGACAUCCGACCAUGACUACGUAGACUGGGUCGGAAGCUGGGGGAAAAUGACACACAUCAAACUGCUCCCGGGGUGGACACCUGAUGCAGACUCUCCAACAUCCGAGCAGAUUGCCUACGUUGAAGCAAACGAGGCCGCCGCUAGUGCGGAACGGCACAUUCGAGCCAUGAGGGCAGGAAAAGGGAAUUUUAUCCUCGUUGAGCGAGACAGAGUCGACUAA